AUGCCGCGACCGAACCCUCCGCCAACGCCAGGCUCCUCGAGCGACAUCCGGGCCAAAGAGAAGAGCAACCAAGCGGCGCCAGUGCCGACGUUCAACCUCCCCCAGACGGCCUUCAGCGAAGCAGACCGGCGAAGUCCCAGCUCGACGACUCCCUCGGCGAAUGGAUCAGAUUCGUCCUACCGACCAGUGUCGCCAACCUCGCCCGUGGACACGACGAGGAAGCGACCAGCGCCGCAGUCAGGACCAGUGAUAACCAAGGAUGACUUCACGCUGCCUCCCCCGCCGACGAGGUCGCGCAAGAUCAUCCAGAUGAAGCCGCGAGAGCUUGAGCAGCAGGAAGCGACGCCAGCAGUGUCGGCACCGCAGACGGCCGCCAAGGCACAGCCCCAAGCAGCACCGACAGGCAGCAAGAGGAAGCAGAACAAUGCCGGCACGACUGCAGCGGGCCGCAAGAUCGCGCGCAAGACGGCGCACAGCUUGAUUGAGCGGAGACGGCGGUCGAAGAUGAACGAGGAAUUUGGCGUGUUGAAAGACAUGAUCCCCGCCUGCAAAGGGCAGGAGAUGCACAAGCUAGCCAUUCUGCAGGCAAGCGUCGAGUAUUUGCGCUAUCUCGAACAAUGUGUCUCCGAUCUACAAGCGCAGCACAACUCGCCACGGCCGCCCCCACCUACAGCUCGCCAGGCAGAUGACCUCGACGACGACGAUGAUGAGGACGAAGAGAUGGAGGACGACCAAGACGCUAGGGACGGCGCAGCUACUCCAGCAACAACAGUGCCGCAGAAGAGUGCCUCGAUGGUCUCCCUCCCUUCACUGUCUCAGAUUACCACAACCACCACAACCUCUCCCUCCGUCUUCUCCAUGGGCGCCGGCCGUCACUAUUCCAUCUCAUCCGCAGCCUCGAGCUACUCACCCUACCUCCACUCGAAUCAGGCCUCCCCAGCAUUUGGCCCCCAGCUACACCACGUAUCGGUGGCGCCGCCUUUUGGUAACGCCUUUGGUCUUGGGAGUCCAGCUUUGAAGCCCGUCGACUCGGCAUCGCAACUGCGCCACAUCGCAGAAGGCGCGACCGAGCUAUCGGAGAAGCAGAGGCCUACAUCGAACGCAGGCCGAAGGGAGCAAGAGCUCGACCAAGAAGCCACUGCCGCGCUACUCAUGCUCAACCACGACCGCAGAAAUUGGCGAAAUACGUCCGACGCACCCUCUAACCGAUCGAACACGGGAAUGAGCGUGAGAGACCUGCUGAGCGGCUAG